AUGAAUGAACCCACAAAAAAUAAAAAGACUAAUAAGAUUUCAUUAGUUUAUUCAAACAUAUUUCAAUUGGAAUCCUCAAAAUUAAAUAUUUUAAAACAAUUAUUAGUACAACAACAACAAGUCUACGAUGACGACAAUAGUCUAAAUAAUAAUAGCUUAAGUCUAAAUAAUCGCUUAUUUAAUAACAGUUUAAAUAACAACAGAAAUCUAAUUGACAACAGAGAUCUAAUUAACAACAGAACAAAUCUAAUUGACAACAGAAACCUAAUUGACAACAGGGACAACAGAAAUAAUUUUGAAUAUUUAAACCCAAGCGAUGACCUAAGCGUUAGUUUAAUUAAAACUAUUUUAAUCUUCUUGAAUGAUUAUUAUUUUUUCUUUAGUAAUAAUUUAGAAGAAUUUCAAAUAUUUAAGAAAUGUUACAAUUCAAAAAGUUAUGAGAAUUCGAUCAUUGAACAUACUAUAGAUGUUUAUAUAUCUAUAGUGGACAAGAAAUUAACCGAGUGGUUAAAGGGUUUUAUCGAGCUUGAAAUAAAAGAUUUUAAUGAACGUGAUAAUAAUAACAAUAGUAAUAAUACAAAACCCAAUAAUAAAUUAGGAUUAAAUAAUACAAACAUCUUAAUAAGGAUAAUGAAACAGUUGAAUAUUAAUGAUUCGGUAGUUAAUAAACUGAAUAACACCAAAUUAUUAAUGAAUUUGUUAUCAUCAAUUAAUAGAUUUCUAAUAAAGAUAGAAGACAAUUAUUUGGAUUUAAUCACCAAAGAAUAUGAUAAACAUAAAAAUAAUUUAGAGAUAAAUGAUGGAUUUAUAGAAUAUAUUAUAGCAAUAUUGAAUGAUAGAAUAUCAAUUAAGAAUAACUUCACUAAUGAAAUAAAUUAUUACAAUAUCUUCAAUGAUAAUAAUAAUUUUAUCGAUAAAACCAUAGGAAUAUUAAUAAAUAUAAUAUUUCAUGAUAUCAACAAAAUCUUUGCUAAGUUACACACUAAAUUAUGGUAUCAGAGUGACUUGAUGGCCAUUAUCACUGCUACACUCAAGGAUUAUCCAAUUAUUGAAAAAAAGCAUAUUACAGUUAAACUUCGUUUUUCAACAGGUGACAUUAUGGAUUAUAAUUUUGAUCUUAGUCAACUAACCGUACUACAAUUCAAAGAAAGGCUUGCCAUUCCAACAACUAUACCUGCUAAUAAAAUGAGAUUAGUUUACUCAGGAAGAGUAUUAAAAGAUGAAGACUUGGUAGAAAGUUACGGUGUCAAAGAAGGACAUACAAUACAUGUUGUUCGAAGUGCUGCUAAUCGUGCUGCUGAACAAGCUGCAAAUUCUUCAACGAACAACAAUUCUAGGAAUCCCAAUAACAAUCCAUCAAUAAAUCCAUUUACUUUGAAUCUUUUGGGUUUGGGCGGAAGCUUUGACCAAGAUCAUUUACUUUCUAAUCCUGAAAUAGUAAGAUCUAUGGUCAUGCAAAAUCCAGCAAUGAGACAAAUGAUUGAAAGAAAUCCUGAAAUUGGUCACAUCAUUAAUGAUCCAUCUUUUAUUCGUCAGACAAUGGAUAUGGCAAGAAAUCCUGAAUUAAUGAGGGAAAUGAUGAGAAAUAAUGAUCGAGCUUUAGCAAACCUUGAAACUAUACCUGGAGGUUUUAAUCACCUACGGAGAAUGUAUCACACACUACAAGAACCACUUGAAUCUGCUGGUCGAAAUAAUGAACAAUUAUCAGAGGCAGCUAAUCAACGUCUUGCCCAAAUUUUAAAUGUUGAAAAACCACCAGAGGGCCGUAUAAAUACCACGCCAUUACCAAAUCCAUGGGCUCCAAGGAAUAACAAUAAUCUUGGAAGUUUAGGCGGGAUAACAUCAUCAGGAAAUGUAACAAAUCCUUUUGGUGGAAUACCAUCCUUUAGUUUAAUGGGAUUUCCGCCUAAUCAAGCACCCUUUCAAUCUUUAUCUACCAAUACUAAUAACAGAUUACCAAAUAGUAAUUCGCAAUUAAAUAACGGAUCAUCGGCACCAACUAAUAAUACAUCAUCACAACCUUCUUCCACGAACGGUCUUCCACAGAAUUUCCCUAGCGUUAGAUUUUCAUCACAUCCACGGAGUUUACCAACAUCUUCUAAUCCUGAUUUUAUUAGAAGCUUUCAAACAACAUCAACAACACCUACUACAUCAACGGCUACAUCAACGCCUACAUCAACCACGUCAUCAUCACCAUCAACGGUAGCAACAUCGACCACGUCAACAACGCCACAACCUAUCAAUCAAUCAUCCGAACCUCCUGAGGCUCGUUUCCGAGAACAACUUCGAAAUUUAAAAGAUAUGGGAUUUAUGGAUCAAGCUGCAAAUAUUCGUGCAUUACUUGCUGCUGGUGGUGAUGUUAAUUCUGCAUGUUGUGUUACCAAUUACAUAUUAAAAAAACGUGCAUAUUUGCUUGACAUAUGGGGUCUGGACAAUAGAAAAGAUUUGCAUUCCAAGUACUAUUGUUUUUUAAACUUUAAUGGAAGACCUUAUACAUCAAAUACACUUGACGAACAUGUUGAUAUGUUGAUGGUUUGUCAUCAUCUUGACAAAAAUAUCCCAGAGGAUAUUGCAUUUGCUGAAUCACGUAUAAGAGCUGAGACAAUUGCUGCCGAGGAUGUUUUACAUGAUUUAGGAGCUAUUAGUAUCAUUAGUUCUGAUUCACAAGCUAUGGGUAGAAUUGGUGAAGUGGUGCUAAGAACCUGGAAGACUGCUCACAAAAUGAAAUCCCAAAGAGGUAGAUUAGGUGAUGAUAAUGAUGGUCAGGCUGAUAAUUUCAGAAUUAAAAGAUAUGUUGCCAAAUACACCAUCAACCCGUAA